AUGGAUCUCUCAAACCCCACCAUACACCUCACUCCCCUCGAAAGCACCCUGCAAACUCUUCUCCUCGAUGUCGCAUCCUACAUUAAAGAAGAGGGUAUUACGGAAGAAGGAAGUGAUGUGAAGAAGCAUCCGGAGACCGUCCUACGCUUCACAGGCGGCUGGGUGCGCGACAAGCUGCUCGGCGUCGAUAGCCAUGAUAUUGAUGUGGGGAUCAGCAGCAUGACGGGGUACCAGUUCGGAAUGGCUCUGAAGGAUUACUUGGAUGUUCCCGAGAACUUGGAGAAAUAUAAGAAGAGCCUUCCUAGUGAAGAAAUGAGCGACGCCAUUGUGAGCCUGCACAAGAUCGACGCCAACCCAGAGAAAUCGAAGCACCUGGAAACCGUCACUACCAAGAUUUUCGGCCUGGAUAUUGAUCUGGUCAACCUGCGCAAAGAGACAUACUCGGAAGACAGCCGGAAUCCGCAAAUGGAAUUUGGAACGGCCGAGGAGGACGCCCUGCGGCGAGAUGCCACCAUCAAUGCGCUUUUCUACAACCUGAAUGAGUCAAAACUGGAAGAUUUCACCAAGCGCGGGCUGGAUGAUAUGAAGAAGCACAUUAUUCGGACCCCGCUCGAACCAUACCAGACUUUCAAGGAUGACCCGCUUCGUGUACUGCGGUUAAUUCGGUUCGCGAGCAGGUUGGGGUACCAAAUCGACCAAGAAACGGAAUCUGCAAUGCAGAAUGAGGAUAUUAGCGUUGCACUGAGACUCAAGAUUAGCAAAGAGCGGGUCCUGACUGAGCUGGAUAAGAUGCUUCAUGGUCCUGAUCCCCACGGAGCUUUACAAUUCAUCGACCGACUCGGUCUUUUCCCUACGAUCUUCGCCAACCACCAAGACGACGUCACUGCCGAUACAUCGACCUGGCCUCUCGCCUAUAAUGCGCUGGCGCGAUUGUUACAACCCGGAUCUACCGAGAAUGUCUUGGAACGUAUCCGCGAGAUGCUAUUGCGUGACAAGCCUAGCCAUUACAAUGCUUGGAUGAUUGCAGCGUUCGCCCCAUGGACGUCAGUCCCUGCUCGAGGGUCAGGUAAUGAAAGGCGACCCCCACCCACACGCCCCGUCGAAGUUGGCAGGGACAGCCUCAAAGCCGAUAAUAAGACACUCUACAUACUCCGUGACGCGACCUUGCAUUUCCGAAACAUCAUUGAGUGCAAGGAGUCGUUACUUGGAAACACUAUUCAAGCUACGCCUGCCGAAAUCCGGCAACAGAUUGGUCUCCGAAUUCGAUCUUGGGGCAAAGAAUGGAGGCUUUGCGUUGUCUUGGCCAUACUUCAAGAGGUCAUGGCAGGACGCGACCUCAUUGAUGUGGCCCAAGAGUAUGACCAAUUCCUGGCGUAUGUUGUAGAGAAGGACCUAGAUAAUGUCUGCGAGCUUAAGCCCAUUGUAAACGGCGCCGAAAUCAUGCAGCACCUGGGGGCCAAAAAGGGGCCCUGGAUGAGCAGAGCGACCAAUCUCGUGGUGGAAUGGCAGCUGUUGCAUCCCGAAAUCACCGACAAAACGGCGGUGCUCGAGGAGAUCUCGGGACGUCGCGCAGAGUUGGGGUUGUGA